UGAUGCGCGAGUUUUCCAAGCGUUUAUCUCGUUGGACGACAUUUAUCAACUUCCACUGGUUCCCCUCCUCUCAUUUUUCUCAUUUUAUUGAAAAAUCUUUCAGAGUAUUAUUUUCUGUACAAAAUCGAAAUCUAACCGCUACAUAUAGCAGAUCUAGAGACACCAUUUUUACUGUGAAAAUCAAUGCGGUAAGGGAGACGAUGAUGGGGAGGAGGUGCUCUCACUGCGGCCAAAAUGGGCAUAAUGCCAGGACAUGUCCAGGGCGAGGAGUGAAGCUCUUUGGUGUCAGGCUGGACGCGGGUUUGAAUCCCACCACCAGCAAUAUCCUGAGAAAGAGCUCCAGCACAGGAAAUAUCUCCCCUCAUAGUAAUUCGAGAGUAUUGCCAGAGCAAUCCAUCUCGGGAUCGCAAGGAGCUGGCUAUGUGUCGGACUGCGUCGCCCCUGCAAAAUGCAGAAAGAAAGGCGUGCCGUGGAGUGAAGAAGAGCACAGAGUGUUCCUGAUGGGCUUGCGCGCCGUCGGGAAGGGGGAAUGGAGGGCCAUUUCGAAGAAUUUCGUGACCAGCAGAACCCCCACGCAGGUGGCUAGCCACGCGCAGAAGUAUUUCCUUAGGCAAAGUAAUCUGAACAAACAGAAGCGCAGAUCCAGCAUGUUUGACACAUCUCCAGAAACGUGUUCUUCACGCGUUGCCAAUUUCCCGCUGGGGAGGUCUCGUGGUCUGGAAUCCAUGGCAGGAUUUAGUUUAGAAGGAAUGAAAAUGCACGCUAGAUUUGGCAGCGUUCCUUGUUCGUUGCCUCUUCCUUUCCGCAGUGAUAUUAAGCCCAGUGUGAGCUCCACGAUAUUACCGGCCAUGGACGACAAAGCUGCGCUUAAGCUUAGCAUUGCAGUUCCAUCCUCUGCAGAGACUUCUCCAAAUUUAAAGCUUUCAACUUUCCAUCCGAGCUGCUCCAAUGGCUGCCUUCACACUGCCAUUGGAGUUGUUUAAUUGCCUUUUCAUGGAAGGACGAAUUUUUAUAGAUUUCUUAGGAAAUAAAAGAUGGGUUUUUAGGAAAUAAAAUUUGGAUUUUGUAGCGGCGCGCUUUUUUUCAAUUUUUCCUUUUCUGGGGGGGUUGCAGAAAGUCUGAUAAUUGGAUUUAAAAUAUUUUCCAGGCCUCUCUAAUAAUUGUGGAAAAUGAAGAACAAAAGAAUUUUGCCGUAGCUUUAAAUACUGUGGUUUUUUAAGAAUCGAGCUAAAUGAUAAUCUCAUGGAGACCACUGGAUUUUUGGCAUUUGA